AUGGGGCGACCUGGCCUGUGCUCCCCUGAAUCCUGUAUGCCAUAUGGGAUGGCCCAGGCCGAUUCUCUUGCUGUAGCAGGUCAUCUCCGACAUAGCCCAAUUUUGAAAGUUGGCCCUUCAUGUGGUUAUAUGUCUCUAGAGUAUGUGUCAUAUGGGCAAUUCUCGAUAAAGUCAGAUGCAUGGAGACUGUGGAGUGAAAAAAGGGCACUAGAUUUACUGGACCCAAUGAUACUUAAAUUUUGCGAAAAAUCUGAAGUUGUCGGGUGCAUAAAUAUUGGGUUGUUGUGUGCGGAAAAAGAUCCUAUUGAUCGCCCUACCAUGUCAAAUGUAGUUUUGAUGCUUAGUAGCGAAACAACAUUUCUUCCAGUUCCUAAACAGCUAGCUUUUGCAAUGAGAAAACAUAUUUCUAGCACAUCAUCCUCAUCCUCUAAUAAACCAGAUCCAAUCUCCAAUAAGUUGACGAUGUCCGAGCCACAAGGGCGAUGA